UUGGUUGGAGCUAUUCGUCUUGUCCAUAGUGACCACUUCCAACUCUUUCUCCGACUCGGCCUCACGAGUGUCACUUCUUCGUACAACGAUCCUCUGCUUUGCUCUGCCCUUCCUUAUUACGAGGAGCCAGGCUGGAUUCCAUGCAGUGGUAGCCGCAGAGAACACUGUGAUUCCGGUAGGUGCCGCCGUCUUGGCAAGCACAGAGCUGCUCAUUGUUGGCUGCAUCUACGGAUUCAAGCGACUAUGGUCAAACAUAUCAAGCAUGGUUGCAGAUCCGGUGAGUGCUACGGGCAGUCUAAAUAA